CUUCCUCCAGGUCUUUGUCGUGUUUCUCCGGUCUGCUUUGUCGCAAUGCGCGGUCAAGCUCACCCACAAUGGGCCGGUCUUCGACUCCUGUGCUGAGUGUUGACUCACCGACUGUUCCCCUAAGCCGAAGUAACUCGGAGCCUGCAGUUCCUGAACGGCGAUCUUUCGGACGAGCAGGCCUCGGUUCUUUCAUGACGCGAGAUCGAGAAGUCAAUACAACGAGUCCAAGUACCACAGAGAAUAAAUUAUUCAAGGACGUCGACCACGAUGUUGAUAUCAAUAUCAAGAAUACAACUGAUGUGAUAGAUUACUAUGACUUCUACGCCAUCCGACAGGUCCGCCAACAAGCUGAAGCGGAAGAUGCGCGCGUGCAGAAAGCCAAACAGAUUACCAGAGAAUGGGCCAGCACUAGAGAUCAAGGAUCUGCCACAUCAACAUCAACAUACGAUCUUCAGAAGACUACAACAGGAGAUGACGCUGAACCACGUGUAGAAGAAUCCUCACCUUCGGUCGUCGUCGAUGUUGACCUCCUCCAUGAAGACUUUCAGCUUGUAGAUUUAGAUGGGAUUGAAG